GCUUUCCUCCCACUUUCCUCGAUUCCUUCGUCGCCCACUCGUGGUCUCGUGGUCCAUCCAUCCAUCCGCCGGCGACGGACGGACGGACGGACACGCGCCUCGAUUGCUCCUCUUCCUCGCCCCCUUCCGCCCGCGCAAGCUUCUGACCGCCCCCAGACCCCGCCGCCGGCGGAUCUGCUCCGGCGAUGGGGGAGCAGCAGCAGCAGGAGCCGCUCCUCGAGGUAGAACAAUGUGUCACGUCCAUACCAGAAGAUCAUGAAGCCACUUGCUGGGGCUGCGGUCUUCGGCUUGUAUUUUCAAGUUAUUCACCUGUCUAUAAGUGUGGCUGGUGUGGAGCAGUCACCCAAAGCAACCAAACUUCAAGAAAACCUGACACAGUAUGCUUUUCUCAUUGGAGGCGUUUCCGGGAUGGGUUUUUUGUGACUGUGCUUGUCCUCUUCAUGCUCUUCGUUAUAUGUGGUGGGGUCUGGGCGGUGUAUCCAGUUGUUUUCUCAAUCAGCAUCUUCUGUGGCAUCUUUCACUGCACAGUAGCAGCUCUCUUAUCUAUAUUUACAAUUGCAAGUUAUUGUUUGGCCUCUUUCAGGUCUGCUGGCACACCGGCAGGCAUACGAUGGGGAAGCUAUCCCAUGGUUGGAAAAAAUUAUCUUGAGAACUAUACAUUCUGUACAUAUUGUAGUAAACCUAAGCCCCCAAGAGCACAUCACUGCCGAUCUUGUAAAACAUGUGUGGUGGACAUGGAUCAUCAUUGCCCAUUUAUUGGGAACUGUGUGGGAGCUUCAAAUCACCGAGCUUUUGUCAUUUUUCUCAUCUCUGUGGUCACGAGUUGCAGUUAUGCUGCUAUUAUGACCAUUUAUGCAAGUUAUCAUAUAUGGCCCCCUCUAGUGUUUCCAAAUGUAUCAUCAUAUGGUCAAAUGGGUUCUAAGAAAGUACUGAUGGAGAUCAUUACUAGCGUGGCCAGUUCUGCAUUCUUCUUAUCAGCAAGGGGUAUAAUUCUGGUAUAUCUUGCAUUUGCCAGUCUAUCAGUUAAUGCGGGUAUAGCUGUGUUGCUGUGCCAGCAACUUAGCUUAAUAUAUGAAGGAAAUACAUAUCUUAGCCAUAUAAGCUCACCAACUGAUAUUCAUGGAGAGAGAGGAUCGCGAAAUCUUGUUCGAUUUUUUGGGUGCCCCUACCCUCUUUCUAGACUAUUGUUGGGCUACACCAACACUGGCAAGUUGCAGGACAAUUCAGGCUCAAAACUUCUUUAGAGGUUCCAGUGCUAGUAUCUGCACUUCGCUAGUCGAGUAAUGAUGCUUGGUUCUGGAUUUCUGCUGGCCAACAGCCUCUGUCCAACUGAAGCCAGUGAUGUAAAAUAGCAGUGAUGUACAAUACAUGAUAAUUCCUAUAAUCUAGAAGGGGGCUUUGUUACAAAGAUUUUGUUUUGGAUUCAGUAGUAGUGAAAUGGCUGUCUUCAGGUGGAUGUUUCACUGGCAUUGGUUUAUUUGAACAGUUUCAGCUGAUGGUGGAAUACAGUUUGGUCCUAUGUGCUCAUUUCCUACACACAAUCUUGCCCCUCUGAUGGUCAGGCAAUGAGUUGCAGUAUCCGGAUUCUGGAAUUCUGAUAGUGAUGCAGUUUUUGUUCCUUAAGACAGAUGGACAUCUUUUAUGCUUGGGUGGCGCUCCAGUAGAAAUCAUGGUCAAGAAAUGAAGAUUAAUUACGAUUGCUGUGAAGGCGCAGAAUGCUUGGACCACAUCUCUUGGCUGUCAAAAGAUACUGACAUGUAUAGGAAAAGAAACCACACACCCUUGUUUUUUUUAACCAUUUAUUUACACUGAAGUAGCCUUGGUGACCAUGGUGGUGAACUCCAUACAACAGGAUUACCUGUGUUGUACACAGCGUGGUGAAAGCGGGCUCCCCAUUAGGCGUCAUGUUUGGUUUUUAACAACCCCUGAUAUUAUUUGUAUUGGUGAUAAUGUCGAGUCUUAAA